AUGCAAAAUGUUCGGUUUUCUGUGAUUGGGAAUAAAUCGCCACUCCCUAGGUCUAUAGAGCAAAUAUUAUCUGAAGCAGAGGUGGCCUUGAAGGCAAAUUCAGGACUCCGUCUUAUGGUAGCGCUUGGUUACGGUGGAAGAUAUGAGAUAUUGAAAGCUUGCAAAAGCGUGUCUAGCAAAGUAAAAGAUGGUCUUAUUCAACUGCAAGAUAUUGAGGAGAGCCUAACUGAGCAAGAGCUGCAAAGAAAGUGGACCAAAUUCCCCAGUCCUGAUCUAUUUAUACGGACAAGUGGCGAAUGUAGAGUCAGCAACUUCAUGCUAUGA